AUGAAUGGAAACGAAUUGGAGAUUGAGGAACCUGAAAAGUCUGGCAGUGUAUUGGAUGAUGAUAGUAACCAUGAUGAUCAAACAGUCGAGCCGAAACUUGGAAUGAGGUUUGAAAAUGUUGAUGAAUUAUUUGAAUUUUAUAAUAACUAUGCAUACAAGACUGGAUUUUCUAUUAAGAAACGAACAUGUAAAAAGGAAAACGGAGUACCAGUACAUGUAAGUUAUACUUGUUCCAAAGAGGGGAAGAAUAUUACAGCUUCAAACACUCCAUUAAAUCUCUCUCCAACACAAAGAACUGGUUGCAAAGCCAAAAUAUCAGCGAGAUUGUGUGCAGAUGAUAAAUGGAUGAUUAACGUUGUUUCUCUUCAACAUAACCAUUUGAACAGUCCAUCAAAAGAUCGACAUUUGAGAGGCCACAAAAGAAUCAACACGGCAACAAAGAAAAGAGUCUUAUUAAACGACAAAGGAGGAAUCAGGAUGUGUAAGACCUAUGGUGAAUUAGCGGUUGAAGGUGGUGGCUAUGAAAACCUCCCAUAUGACGAAAAACUCUAA